UCCAAGAUGGCGGCGUGCGAUCGAGGAUGGCCGCACCCAACCCAACGUAACGAAGACGGCCCGGCCAUAUUGCCUGGCGGUAAUUCCAACAGGCACCAGAAUCACCGAUUGUAGAUAAAUCGCUCACUUUCAAAGUGCUACUGAGUCUGCGUAGUAGCCCCAGAGGCGGACCAUCCAAACGGUAGCGGAAGUGGAAGUGGCGUACUGAAGCAUGGCUUCCUAGGAAGGUCGCUAUUCGCAUUUGAAAUUACGUUAGAUUUCUGCGAGAGGCUUUAAGAAUCUGGCGCCGUGGGAAUUCUGUGACAUGCUGACUUCUACAAUGAGGCAGCUCCUGUAAAGGAAAUAAAAAGUAGAUCUCAAGUCCAGCAAUUAAUUCUUGCUGAGGAAACCCUUGAUGAGACACCAUUAUCAGGAUUUUAGGACGGAUCCUAAAGUGGUGGCCAUUUCCUGAAAGCUGCUGAAAAUGACCACGUCCCAGGGCUUAUUGUCAUUCAAAGAUGUGGCUCUGGAUUUCACCUGGGAAGAGUGGCAGCUACUAGACACUGUUCAGAAGAACCUCUACCAGGAUGUGAUGUUGGAAAAUUAUAGCAACCUAAUGUCAUUGGGUUAUCAAGCUACCAAGCCAGAAGCAGUGGUCCACUUGGAGAAAGGAGAACAAGGAACAAUAGAGAGGGAAUUUCCAACUCAUUUUAGCCCAGAAGUAAUGUGGCAAGUUUAUGAAGAUAUUGAGAAGGAUGGACUUCUGGAGAGAGAUCAUGAAAAUAAUGCAUUGGGAAAAAUAUUUUUUCUCAGCAAAAAAAUUGUUCCAUUUAUGGAAAACCACCACAAAUGUGUUUCAAGAGGAAUAAGUUUGAAACAAAAUUCAGAUUCAAAUUUUCAGAGUAAAAACUACGCAGAAAUGAAUUCUGAUGAGUCAAAUGGUCCUGGAAAGUUCUUUUUCCAUUCUCUAUAUGAAACCUCCCAUGCUCAAGCCCAGUCCUAUGAACGUAACUUACGUGUAAAGGCUUUCAGCCUGAUGACAAACCCUGAAAGGCAUCACAGAAUUCACACAGAAGGGAAACCUUAUGAAUGUAGUGAAUGUCCAAAAUCCUUCAGGUAUAAGUCAAAGCUCAUAAUACACCAGAGAACUCAUACAGGAGAGAAGCCAUACAGAUGCAGUCAAUGUCAGAAAGGUCUCAGUACAAAAUGUUAUCUCACUCUGCAUCAGAGACUUCACACAGGAGAGAAACCCUAUGAAUGCAAAGAAUGUGGAAAAGCUUACAGGGAGAAGACAAAGCUGAGAUUACAUUACAAAACGCACACAGGAGAGAAACCAUUUGAGUGUAGUGACUGUGGGAAAGGUUUUAUGCAAAAGUCAAACCUGAUUACCCAUCAAAGAAGUCAUACAGGAGAUAAACCCUAUGGAUGUAGAGAAUGUGGGAAGGCCUUCUGUAGCAAGUCUCAACUUGUUGUUCACCAGCGAAUUCAUGCAGGAGAAAAAUCCUAUAAAUGCAGGAAAUGUGGGAAAGCUUUCAAUAAAAGCUCCCACCUUUUAACACCUCCGAGAAUACAUAAAGGAGAGAAACCUUAUGAAUACAUUGAAUGUGGAAAAGAUUUUGUACAUGCAUCACAGCUUAUUGUACACCAGAGAAAUCAUACAGGAAGAAAACCGUACGAGUGCAAGGAAUGCGGGAAAGCCUUUACUAAAAAGUCACACUUCAUAACACAUCAGAGAAGUCAUACGGGAGAGAAGCCUUAUGAAUGCAGUGAAUGUGGAAAAGCUUUUACAGUCAAGUCACAUCUCAUUGUCCAUCAGAGAACUCACACGGGAGAGAGACCCUAUGAAUGCAGUGAGUGUGGAAAAGCUUUCAUACGAAAGGCAAUGCUCAUUGUCCAUCAGAGAAUGCACACAGGAGAGAGACCCUUUGUCUGUCUUGAAUGCCAAAAAGCCUUUAGCAGUAUGUCAGUGCUCAGUAGACAUCAGUUGAUUCAUACUGGAGAGAAACCCCAUGGAUGCAAUGAAUGUGGAAAAGCUUUCCGCCAGAAAAACCAUCUUAUUACCCACCAACGCUGCCAUACUGGAGAGAAACCCUACGGAUGCAUUCCAUGUGGUCAAAUCUUUAACCAAAAGUCACAGCUCAUUAGACAUCAGAGACGUCACACAGGAGAGAAACCAUAGCAAUGCAUUUGAUGUGGGAAGUCCUUUUUUGAGAAAUCAUACCUCAGUGUCCAUCAGAGAAGUCAGGCAGGACAGAAACCUUAUCAGUGUAGUGAAUGUGGGAAAACUCUCUGUCAAGUUCUUCCUCACUUCACAUGAAGAAAUUUAUAUAGGAAAGAAGUCUCAGAAACACAGUGAGUGCUGGAAAGACUUUAGUGAGAUGUCAGAUCUCAUUGAAUAUAAGAGAAUUCACACAAGAGACAGCCUAUGAAUGUGGUGAAAGUUAGGAUACUUUUAAUUUUAGGAUACAUUAAUUUUAGCCUUUGUGAAUUUCAGAAACUUAUCCAGGAGAGAAAUCUUUUAAAUGCAUGAAUGUAGGAAGAUUAUUUGCCACCAACAUAGUCUUAUAUUUCAUUAGUGAAGGGCAAUAUGAAUGAGUUGAAAAGUUAAAAUCAUUUCUUGAGAAAAGAAAUUCCAUUAUACAUCACAUAGAAAUGAAACCUGUUGAGUGCAACAAAUGUUCUUGACUGGUUAUCAUAAAAUAAUCAGUUUUCAUUGAGGAAAACUCACAAAUGUAAAUCCUGGAGUACCGUCCAUAUGAAUGAGUUUUCUUACCAAAGAAUACAGAUGACUGAAGACUUGUAAAAAGGGAUGCCUCUGGCCUAAAGUCAAAACUUACUGUGUGGGGCCAGCCCGGUGGCUCAGGCGGUUAGAGCUCCAUGCUUCUAUCUCCGAAGGCUGCCAGUUCGAUUCCCACAUGGGCCAACGGGCUCUCAACCACAAGGUUGCCAGUUCAAUUUCUU